AGAAAGAACACAAACACGACACUAUUUUAGCCUGCAGCGACUUCUUCCUCGGAAAUUAUCACGUUCCCAUAAUAUUAAAUUAAGCAUCUAUACCCAUUUGAUUCUCCAUUAUGUAGACAAAUUCUCAUAAUCUUUUGAUUGAGAGAGAGAGAGAGUCGGAGAGAGAAUCUUCUCACACUUGUCCUGUUCUGUGGUUCUCUAGUAGUAUUUCGUUGUGUCUAUUUCUUUCCUUGCAAACCCUGCAUAAAAAAGAGCUCCGUUGAGAAAGUCGGGAUUCGAAAGCAAAAUGAGAUAUAUGCGUACGGGAAGUUUGAAGAGACUCUUCUCAAUCAAGCGUCGAAGCUUUGAAGCAGACGUUGGAAAACAAAAAGGUGAUUCCCCUGAAGAAGACAACAAUGAAGCCUCAAAUGUAUUUCCAGGAACAGAGCCUUUUAAGAGACCCACUUGGAAGUGCUUCUCUUUCGAACAAAUCUUUGUCGCCACCAAUGGGUUUUGCUCAGAAAAUAUGGUUGGGAAAGGAGGGUAUGCAGAGGUUUACAGAGGAACGCUAGGAGAUGGGGAGGCAAUAGCUGUGAAAAGGCUAACAAAAGAAUCCACAGAUGAGAGGAAGGAAAAGGACUUCCUAACAGAGAUUGGAACACUUGCUCAUGUUUGCCACCCAAAUGUAUCAUCACUCCUUGGUUGUUGCAUCGACAACGGCCUCUAUCUCGUCUUCCAGUUCUCCUCCAGAGGCUCUGUUGCUUCUGUUCUCCACGAUGAGAAUUCGCCAGCAAUGGAUUGGAAAACAAGGUAUAAGAUUGCAGUAGGAAUAGCAAAAGGCCUCCAUUAUUUGCACGACGGUUGCCCGAGAAGAAUAAUCCAUAGAGACAUCAAGGCUUCGAAUGUACUGUUGACUUCAGAUUAUGAGCCACAGAUAUCUGAUUUUGGGUUGGCAAAAUGGCUUCCGUCUCAGUGGACUCAUCACUCAAUCACUCCAAUUGAAGGGACAUUUGGGCACUUGGCGCCGGAGUACUUUAUGCAUGGCGUCGUGGAUGAGAAGACCGAUGUGUUUGCUUUCGGAGUUUUGUUAUUGGAGCUUAUCUCUGGCAAGAAACCGGUCGAUGCCGCUCACCAAAGCUUGCAUAGCUGGGCUAAACCUAUAUUGAACCAAGGGGAGAUUGAAAAGUUGGUAGAUCCAAGGCUUGGAGGGGCCUAUGACGAUGCACAGCUUGACCGACUAGCCUUUGCGGCCUCUCUUUGCAUUCGCGCAUCUUCCACGUGGCGCCCUACCAUUAGUCAGGCAUUGGAGGUAAUGGUAGAAGGGGAAGUGGAUAGAGAGAAGUGGAAAAUGCCAGAAGAAGAAGAAGAAGAGCAGGAGGAGUUUUGGGGAUAUGAGGAUCUUGAAUCUGAAUGUGACACUACUUCCCUCUCUGCCUCCCCUCAUGACUCCUUAACCUCAACCAGAAGUUCUUAAUUUUCUUUCCUUUUUCGACGGUUAAGGGUGUUCAAGCCAGCUUACGCGCAUCUCAACCGGAAGUUGUUUACUAGAAGUACUUUAGUAUCAAAUGCAUGCUAGCUGAUGGGAAUAUAUCCAGUUUCCAUAUCCACCUGUAAAUAUAAACACAACUGCAUGGAGGGGACCGGGGAGUUGUAUGUACUGUAGCAACUAGCAAGCAACCCCACUCUUUUCUUCGUUAUCAGUCUCUCGGUAUGAGAAAUUUUGUAAUUUAAUUCUGAUUAAAUAGCAAUGACAAGUCUCCAUUUGCUGA